GGAGAGAGAUCGGCCGCGAGGCCGUAGCCGUAGCAAUGGCGAUCUGAAGCCCGAAGGACAGAAUCCUCCCUCGCGCGCCGGAAGAAGAAGCUAGGCUCGACGAGAAUGGAGCGGGUCCUCAAGUCCGCCAGGGAGUCCGGCUCUCUCAACCUCUCCAACCGCUCCCUCAGUGAGAUCCCUGGGGAGGUGUACAACAACUUGGACACGGGCAGUCAGGACGACAAAUGGUGGGAGGGAGUAGACCUUCAGAAGCUCAUACUGGCUCAUAAUAACCUGGAAGUUUUGAGAGAAGACCUUAGGAAUCUGUCUUCUCUUGUCGUGCUAAACAUAAGCCACAACCAGAUAUCUUCCCUUCCUGCAGCUAUUGGAGAUCUUCCUUUGUUAAAAUCGCUGGAUGCUUCGUUCAAUCAAAUAAACACUAUCCCUGAAGAGAUUGGCUCGGCUACUGCUUUGGUCAAGGUUGACUUUUCAAAUAAUUGCCUUACUGAGCUGCCAGCUAGCCUUGGCAGGUGCUUGAACUUGUCAGAACUAAAGGCAUCAAACAAUAAGAUAUCAAGAUUGCCAGAAGAAGUUGCUGGUUGCUGCAAGCUAAGUAAAUUUGAUCUGGAGGGCAACAAGCUUUUGCUACUUCCAGAAAAUAUGUUCACAUCAUGGACAAUGCUUACAGAGAUAAAUGCCGCAAAAAAUCUGCUUACUACGAUUCCAGCUAGUAUCGGAGCACUUUCAAAAUUAAUUCGUCUGGACUUGCACCAGAAUAAAAUAACCUCAAUUCCUUCUUCCAUAAAAGGCUGCUCUUCUCUAGCGGAGCUCUAUAUGGGAAAUAACUUAUUGUCUACAAUACCGGCUGAAAUUGGCAUGCUAUCAAAAUUAGGAACAGUCGAUCUUCACUCCAAUCAGCUAAAGGAGUAUCCUGUGGGAGCUUGCAAACUCAAGCUCGCUUUCCUUGAUCUGUCAAACAAUGAACUAUCUGGCCUGCCACCUGAACUAGGUACAAUGACAACCCUAAGAAAGCUUCUGCUCAGCGGAAAUCCUAUGAGGACACUUCGUAGUUCUUUGGUUUCUGGACCAACAUCAACAUUGUUGAAGUAUCUGCGUAGCCGCCUUUCAUCGGAUGAGGAAGCAUCAGGGUCCAGAAGUACCCCAACAAAAGAUGACCAGAUUUCUGCAGCAAGACGAUUGUCUCAGUCUUCAAAGGAGUUGAACUUGAGUGGUCUUGGUGCGACCAUAGUACCACCAGCAGCUUGGGAGACAAGUGAUGUGUUGAAACUUGAUCUUUCUAAGAAUUUGAUAGAAGAUCUGCCAAAUGAGUUGUCAUUAUGCUCAUCACUUCAAACUUUGAUUUUGUCUAAUAACAAGAUAAAAAAGUGGCCUGGCAUGGUAGUUUCCUCCCUUCCAAGUCUUUCUUCCUUGAAACUGGACAAUAAUCCUCUGGCAGAGAUAUCAUCCGCCGAUCUCGAGGUUUUGUCAAAACUUGAAGUACUGGAUUUAAGUGGCAAUGCAUCCUGUUUAACCGAACCUUCUACGGUUUCUUCAUUACCACAGCUGCAGGAACUCUACCUUAGACGAAUGAAACUCCAGGAGUUUCCUAUUGGCCUUUUGCGGUUAAAACAGCUGCGUAUUCUUAACCUCGGCCAGAAUCAUCUUACAACUGUACCAGAGGGUAUUAAGGAUUUUACUGUUCUCGUUGAGCUUGAUCUAUCAGACAACAAUAUAACAGCGCUCCCUGCCGAGCUGGGUCUGCUUGAGCCAAGCCUGCAAGUGCUGAGACUUGAUGGGAAUCCCCUCAGGAGCAUAAGACGGACUAUUCUGGAUCGAGGGACGAAGGCUGUUCUCACGUACCUCAAAGAACGUCUCCCGUCAUCCCAAUGACUGAGUACCAUCAUCGAGAAGAUUAUGGCUGGAGUUAUUUGUCCAUGAUUCACAUAGUUUCUUCUCGUGUUGCCCUCCAUCCUUCCUUUAUGGUUUGAUAUAAUUAUCCGUCUACGCUGCCUGCUUGGUUAGAAUGGUGUAUCGAAUGGUGUAUGAGAAAAGUUUGCCCUAGGCAAUAUUCAGAUCUUUCGUUGGCGUGUUAUGGGUCGACAAAGCAGCAAGAUACAACAGAAGACAAUCCAGUUAAUUCUUUUUCUGUGCCUGACUUUGUAAUUGAUGGUUAUAUAUUUUGGAUUCAAUAUAUAUACACCUGGUGUUUUC